CAUAACACACUCACAAUUUACUCAUAUUUCCCACAACAACAACAAAGAAACAGAAGAAAAAACAGAGUAGUCUUUAAGAAAUGGAGUCAAGCCGCAAGAGAAGAGGGUUCAUAAAGGGGAAGUUGAUGCCAUUCUACCGAGCAGCCAAGCCUUCCUCAACAGUCCAAUACACAAGCAAAGUCAUCAAGCCUAGCCAGUCUUCUCCUUCAGCUUCUUCUGUUGGUUAUGUGCAUGUUCAAGACUACGUGAUUUCCGGUCAGCUUCCGACCAAGAAGGUGUCGUUCAUGCUGCCGGAAAACUCACGCGAAUCGACGUUCGGGCAAUUGGAUGGUACCAUCUAUGGUGUUGCUUGUGAUGAAGCUGUUGAUAUGAAAGCUGCUAGUUAUAUUUCUUCUGUUCAAGAACGAUUCAAGCUCGAACGAAUCAACUCUGAACGUCCCAAGUGCCAAGACAUACAUUAGAGAGCUAGCAUAGCAGAGUUGCCACCAAAAAAUUUAAUAAAUAAUUCGCAGCUAAAUUUAUUCAGUAAAAUAAUAGAUAAAGCUAGCAAAUUACAGCUAAGGCCAUUAAUUAAGGUUAAGUGUGUGUUUAAUUUUAAUUAAUUUGUUCAUGUCUGUCUUUAGCUGUAAGAUUAAAAUAGAAGCUGGUUGUAUCUUAGAUAGGCCAAUUAAGUCGUCUGAGUGACUGAUCGAGUUGGUAUUUUCAUAUGUAUACCUUGAGAGUUGUCAGUCUAAUUAAUGUAAUAAGUAAAAAAGGAUUUGGUAUAAUUAUUGCUUUUUGGUCA